AUGCCAGGGUGCCGGCAUCGCGGCUGGCUCGACGUCGUCCCCCCUGAUGACGAUGAUGGAAAUGCCACGGAGGGGGGCACUUUCACCCUGAGCGUGUCCGAUCGACUCGAUCAGCUGGUGGAGGGAUUACCUCGCCCCGAAGUACAGCGACCGAGCCUCAUCUUCCUCCUGGGGGGACGGCGGAAAACUGCGGCGUUACAGGGGCUCCUUCACGGGGUACCCGCGCGCGCCCGUCGUCCACGAGACGCUGAUUUGGAGCUCGUGCUUGACCCUCACUCCGCGUUCACGGACCGGCCGCUCAUGUACGUAGAUUGUGAUCACCUCGCGUCGCGGGGAUGGCGACGCCGUCCCAGUCCCCACGGCUGCCACCGGACAUGGGAGGCCCGGAUCCUGUCCGGGGGGGUGGGGCCAGGGUCUCCGGUGGAGCCCUGUCCGACGACUCGCCUCGCCGCCCGUUUGGUGGCACCCUUGGCGGAUGUCGUGGCUGUCUUCCUGGGUGAUUUUCCGGGUCCUGAAUGCGCCUUCGACCGUCUGUUGACCUGGAUAAGCUGUGGCCGCCCUUCCACCCUCCAUCGCUCUGUUCGUCCGCGCCUGCUCCUGAUAGAAGACCGAGCGGUGGGGCGGGGUCUGUCGUCCGGGGCCAUCCUGAGACGACUGUCCCGGCACUCACUGUCGUCGUUCAAAGACGUUUUCUCGGACGUGAUCCCAUUGACAGUCCCGGAGGACGAGGGGUUGGGGACGGUGGCCAAGUAUCUGCAACUGAAAGACACCGUCCUGAACCUGUCGGACCAAUCGCAGCAGACCCGAUGGGAGGCCCGAGCGUGCUUCUCUGCCCGACACUUGGUGGCGUUCUUCCACCGCAACGUGGAUCACUGUCAAAGCAAACCCGGGGGUCCGUUUGAUUUCAUCCAUGCCGCGAGACUCCACGAUGCGGUGCCGGACCAUCUCGCCUCCUCUUUAGAGGAUUUUCUGUCGGGGUUCCGCUCGACGUCCACUGUGGUGGCGCUGGCGCUGCCACACCUGGCAACAAGUCUGCUCCUCAACCAUUAUUGCCCGGAGACCCACGUCUUUGAUCCGGAUGACGUGUUUGUCACCCUAUACUCCGAGGCCUGUCGGGCGGCCUUGGGGCGCACGGCAGUCCGGCGAGCUGAGGGAGGUCUGUCCCCCCAGCUACUGCUGGAGUUAACCCGCGAAAAGUUCCGAGCGGUGUUCUCCAAUUGGCAGGCCGGCGGCGACGACCUGAACUCGUUGCAUCGAAAGUACUUGCGGCGUUUGAAGGGUCAUUGGCACGCGGGACCCAAGGCCACCACAUGUUACGUGUGCCUCUUCGGCCGCAACCCCGAACACCGACUGCCGUGUGGACACCGUAUGUGCGGGAACUGUGUACGGAACGAUGGCUAUCGUACCCCUGAAGAUCCCCGCUCUCAUCAAAUUCAGCUCUGUUCCCUGUGCGGCGCGGACACGGGCGCCGCCACCUUUAGCCUGCCGUCGCCCCUGCAAGGCCUACGCAUUGGCAGCAUCGAUGGAGGGGGCUGCCGGGGGAUCAUCCCCUUGAGCUUCUUCGCGGCUUUAGAGCAUCACCUAGGCAUCACCGGUAUCGUGCAUCGGGCGUUCGACGCCGUUUUCGGCACCAGUUCAGGCGGCAUCGACGAGGCCGGCAUUUUCCACCAGGGGUGGUCGAUCCAGCGUUGCCAGGAGACCUUCCAGGCUGUGGCCGAAGAAGUGUUCGUCCGGCGUUCGAUGGCUCGACCUCUGGUGAUGCCGAACAUUCAAAAAGCGCUCCUGUCGUGUUUCACCGACACCUUGUACCCCGCCGAGGCCGUCAAUGGCGCCCUGCAGAGGGUCUUUGGUAUAAGCACGGGCCUCGAUGAAUCCACCUCGUUCGCCUCGCGAUUCGGCAUUAAACUGGGCCUCACCGCCGCCACGGUCCGGGAGCCCUUGAAGAGGCUGCUGCUCACCAACUACAACGGAUUUGGCCGGAGGCUAGAUGGUUGCGGUGAGGAUUCAGCCUUCGGCGUACUUGAAGUACUGCACUGA